AUGGCCCAGCAAAUCGUGACGGCCGGCAUGCUCCUUCUCGGCGCCGGCGCGCUCUACCUUCUGCUCAUUUUCGUGCUUGUCCAGCUUCCGUGGACGUCGGCGUUGGGCGCAUCGAUCUGGGCGCGCCUCCACUUGACGCGGGCGCCCGCCGACAGCCGCGUGCUCGUCGAGCCGUGCAUCUGGGUCGCGCUCGUCAUGAGUUCGUACGCGCUCUUCCAUAGCUUCGCGCUCUCCAGCAUCAUCGGCGGCGUCGCGGGCAUUGCGCUCGUCCUCGUAGGGGACGUCGUCCAAGUCUACUUGCACAUCAUCGGCAGUGCGAAAGCGACGCCCUCGGACGAGCAGCCGCACAGCCUCAAGGUCGUCGUCAUGACCAUCGCGAUCGCGUCGAUCGUGCACGAGUGCCACGCGCUCUUCUGGAGCGUCCUCAACGACGGCGCGCUCGUCGUGUGGCCGUACCUGCUCAGCAUCCUCGUCGGCGUCUCGCUCAUCGUCGCCAGCGAGCUCCUGCUCUUGUACGGCCCGACGCGCUACGCCGGCGUCAUCUUGCAGUCGCGGGUGCUCCGCGCGCGUGACAAUUGGCGCCUGCACCCGUUCCGGUCCUUGCUCGAACUCAGCUUUGUGCUCUUGGUCUCGAUGCUCGGGUACGGCUACUUUGGCGAACUCCUCAUCUCGCUUCAAGUCGGCACGCUCGCCUGCACGGUUUUUAUCUUGACGGGCGAGUUGUAUCUCUACCCGACACGGAGUAGCAUGCGCCACGGCCGCGCCGUCGACGACCAUCACUGGAUGAAGCUGCUUCCAUUGCUCUGCGUCCUCACGUUCAUGCUCUACCACGUUGGCUUUAUCCUCGCGCGGCAGGUGCGACUGCUCCUACCGCUGCUCAACAUCCUCGCCCUCGGCGCAACCGUGCGGCUCUGCUUGCCCCGGAAGUCGUGGCUCCGACGCAUGCUCUGGCGGCGCCUCGGCACGAUGUUCAUGCAGACCCAUCCGUGGCAAGCGACUUGGGAGAUGGUCGCGCACUGUGCGUUCACCGUCUUCUUGCCGACCGAGACGCCGUUUUUGGUCUUUGUGGGCGCGAACGUGCUCUUUGACAUUUGGAUGGUCGCGGCCGAGCGCGUCGGCACGCAGCUCUGGGACGCCGUGUCGCUUGUGCAGUACGCACCGUCCUUGCGCAUCACGCUCUCGGGCCGCGACAUGCCAUCGAUGCCCCAGUCGCACGCGGCGCUGUGGGAUUUCGACCCGCCACCGAUCCUCGCGACCAACGUCGUCUUGAAUAAUCGCCACGACCUCUCAAUUCCACUGUGCACCUUGAUCAACCUCCUCGUCCUCUUCACGUCCCUCACGUCGCUCACGGUCCUUGUCACGACGCGACUCUCAAGUGCGCCAACGACGUCCCUCGUGCUCGUGUACACGCUCUGUCUAGCGACGUGUGCCGGCUUGCUCCUUGGCAGUGUCGCCGACGGCCACUACUACGCGUGGCUCCGCCGUCGGCUCUACGCCUUUUUAAAAGACCAAGUCGAGCGCUUCCCGCUGCAAACGUUUGUCGAAGUCGCCACGUGGCUCGGUGUCUGCAUUGGGUCGUACGCGCUCUCGGGCUGGCUCGUCUUUGCAAUUGGGCUCGCAUCGCUCUCGACACUAGUCGUGCUGCUCGGCGGCAAGUACGUGUCCAGGCGCCUCGUGGCACAGCGCGACGAUGCGUUCUCGGCCACGUGCGCCCUCGUCUUCUUCGUCUGCUUGAUGACGUAUGCGACCGGUCUCUGCCUCUACUACAUUUACUGUCACUUUCGGCGCAUCGAGGUGGCGUUCUGCCUCGCCACCUUGUCGGGCGUCGUCUUUGUCGCGUCCAGCGAGCUCUGCCUUCUCUGGGAACCGUCCCGGGUCGCCGGCAUGAUUCUCCAAACUCGGGUGACCCACGCGCGGACCAACUGGCGCCUCGAGCCGGUCCGGUCGUUUCUCGAGCUCUUUGUGUGGGUGGGUGUCACGUACGGGUCGUUUGAGUUGUACCAAGAUGUGGUCCUCGCACUCCAGCUCGGGACGUUCUCGGGCAUUGUCGUGACGCUCUCGGGCGAGUUUUUUCGGUCGCAGACGCACGUGCUCUUCCCCGACGGCGACGUCGCGGCGCAGAGCAGCAACCGCCCCAAAGUGCUGCCGCUGCUCUUGUUGUUCGCGUACGUUGGCGCGGGCACGUUCCAGUGGAUCUUUGAGCACCUCCGGCGCCUCGAAGUCAUGGUGUGCCUCGCCACGAUCGCCGGUAUCGUCUUUCUCUGCGUCGCGGACGUGCUCGUGCUCUGGACACCCACGCGCUGGGCCGGCCUCAUUCUCCAAGACCGCUUUCUCCAAGCCAGCGCCAACUGGAACAUGCACCCGGUGCGGUCGUUUGUCGAGCUCGGCUGCUUUCUUGGCGUCAUUUACGGCAGCCACGCGAUCUAUGGGGACCUCUUUGUUGCCGUCCAGUGCGGCACGCUCUCGGGCAUGUGCGUCGCGCUCAUCGGCGAUCAGCUCAAGUCGCAGCGCGGCCCGAUCCCAUCCCAUGCCAAGCAGCACCGGAUUCUGCCGCUGCCCAUCAUGAGCGUCCUCGGGCUCGUCGGCGUCGUCGCCUUCAACACGAUCUACACGCACCUCCGCAGCAUCGAAGUGGCCUUCGUCCUCGCCACCUCGAGUAGCAUCGCCUUUGUCGUCCUCGGCGACAUGUUUGUGAUUUGGCGCCCGACGCGCUACGUCGGCCUGAUCCUCCAAGAACGCAUUUUGAACGCCGCGCACAACUACAGCAGUCGCCGGCUCCGGUCGUACGGCGAGUUUGGCACGGCCACAACUGCCUUGUUUAUCGCGUACCGCUACACGCUCGACGUGCUGGUGGCCAUGCAAGUCGGCACGUUCACUGGCAUCGCCGUCUGCGUCGCGAACGAGACGAUCACAAAUUACGUGUCGGCCUACAAGCAGCGCAUGGUGUCGCUCGCCGCCGGCCACUCGGACGGCCAAGAAGACGCCCACUUGCUCGCGAUGCCGUACGAAGUCCUCUUUGAGAUUGCGCGGUUUCUGACGCCAGAAGAAUUGCUGGUCGCGCGCGCGACGUGCCAUAAGGUCAACGACCUCUUGCGGGCCGAGUCGGCGCGCUUCUGGCUCCAUGCGCACCUGCGCCGGCAGUGGAAACGCUACGGCUUUGGGCCCGACCGCCGCCCGAUCCGCCGCAGUCUUAUUUAUGAAGCGUGGAAAGCGCUGGUGCCGAAUCUCUGGGCUCCCCGAAGUGAGCCCGCGACGCUGUUGACAGCCAAGAUUGCUUGCAAUCGGGCUCUCAAGUGGGUCUACUUGAACGCAGACUGGAUUCGCAGCCAAAACUUGCCGCCGCUAUCGACGCCGCCGCCCACGACACUCGUGUUGCGCGCCACGGACCCGGGCUUCCAAGUGUUUCGGCAUUUACCGGACAAGGAUGUGCUUGGCGUGGAGCUUCAGAACAACCGCCAUGGGGACGAUGAUGGAUCGAUUGACGUCAUCCUCGUACCGAGUCGGCUCUACGCCAAGCUGCAAGCCGACCCGUUCAGCUUUGUCGUCUCGGAAACACUGUACGAAGUCGAAGCGUGCUCCUCCGGCCACCUCGUUAACGCUGCGUUCGUCGCCAUGGCGGUGCUGUGCCUUGGCCACGCCGUGGCCCGCGUCGUAGGAACCAUCCCUAGCCCUUGA